AUGGCACGAAAAGCACCAAAUAUCUCUGAAGCCAAGCUCACUCGACUACUAGAGUAUAAUAAAAACCUCAGACAACAACUGGAUAUUCCCAGAAUAACAAUAUCAGAAGCAUCCACAAGCUUAAUAUUGUAUUGCAAAGAAACUAAAGACCCAUUAGUUCCUUCAGUGUGGGGACCUACUGAUAAAAAGGAAGAUCCAUUCGCACCAUCACACAGUGGAGGCUGCUGCACAAUCAUGUAA